CUUUUUUCAGCUUAGAUUUGGUCAUUAUGUUGAGAAGCAGUAUGUGUGUCUUUUGAAAAUGUUAAUUGUUGUGAACAAUGGAGUAUUUGAAUUUGUGCAAAUUAUUGCGCCUCAUGAAGAUUGGUCAUACAUGGAUGCUUCUCAUAGACAGGUUGUUUUUCAGAUUGAUAUUCUUCGCGAAAGUCGAUACAUAGUUUAUCGCAAAAUGAGCGUGCAAGCCAAUAUUCAUUUGAUGCAGACAAUAAUGCCUUGCAUGGAUUUUCGAAAUGCGCAUACGCUUUCUUAUAUUUUCACUCUUUUUGCCAAAUUUUCGAGUGUAUUCGAUGUAAAAUGCUGGUUUUGCAAGUAUUUUUUUGCCUUCUAAGU